AGCAGAUGAUGUAGAAAGGACUUGACUUUUGUUCUGUCACUACAGUCAUCCUUGUGAAUCUACUUCUCAAAUUGGGCUUAUAGGAAGUCUCUGUAUUCCGGCUGAGUCAUUAGUUUUCUACAUAACAUUGGUUCCGUGUUGAGUUGGAGAAUAAACAUAAAAUCUGAGUUUGUGGUUCUUCCUGUGUUUCUGUUACAACACUCUUGAUUGUUGGGCUUUUGGGUUCACUUUGAAAUAGAGAAGUUUGAUUCUUUCAGAGGAGGAUUGAGGAAUCUAAUGGCUGGGAUUGGGAUGAAACGGUGGGAUUUGAGAUUAAUGGGAGUAGUCUUGGUGGGUUUUCUUCUUGUAGCUCAAAUGCUUGUUAUGGCAGAAGUAAAGUUGAUACAAGAAGUUUCAAGGUAUAACCAGACUCAGGAGGUUGUUGAAUCUGAUUUUCUUGCUUUGAAUUUCGGGUGGCAAGAAGGUCAGCUGGGUAAUGGACGUGUCUGGCCUGAAAUGAGAUUUGGGUGGAGAAUUAUAGUGGGUACAAUAAUUGGAUUCUUUGGAGCAGCGUUUGGGACAGUUGGAGGAGUUGGCGGGGGUGGCAUUUUUGUUCCUAUGCUUAGGUUGAUUAUUGGAUUUGAUGCAAAAUCGUCUACUGCAAUUUCAAAAUGUAUGAUCACCGGAGGAGCAUUUGCGACAGUUACCUACAAUUUAAAGUUGAGGCAUCCAACUCUUGAAAUGCCCCUCAUAGACUAUGACCUGGCACUUCUAUUUCAACCGGUGUUGGUGUUGGGAAUCAGCAUUGGGGUUGUAUUGAAUGUGAUACUUGCUGACUGGAUGAUCACGGUUUUGUCAAUUAUCAUCUUCUUGGCCACGUCAACUAAGGCAUUCCUCAAGGGUGUUGAAACAUGGAAAAUGGAAACCUUAAUUAAAAUGGAGGCUGCUACACAGUUAGAGUUAAAUGAUGAUGCUAGUGAUGGAGCAGAAUACAAGCCUCUUCCUGAAGGCCCAAGCAAUGGUCCUCAACCAGAAACCAAGCAAUCUGAGCAGUCAGAGGUCUCUAUUCUUGAGAAUGUUCACUGGAAGGCACUCGGGGUUCUCUUCGCUGUCUGGAUUAUAGUUCUUGCAUUGGAGAUUGCUCAGAAUUACUCCACAACCUGUUCUGUUGCAUACUGGGUUUUAAAUCUAUUGCAGAUCCCAGUGACUGUUGGAGUUUCAUCUUAUGAGGCCGUCUGCCUGUACAAAGGAUGGAGAGAGCUUGAAUCAAAGGGAGAUGCAGCUACAAACUGGAAAGUUCACGAGCUGAUUCUUUGUUGUGCUUGUGGUGUUUUAGCCGGUCUAGUAGGAGGGUUGCUUGGUCUAGGAGGAGGAUUUAUCUUAGGUCCUCUUUUUCUGGAAUUGGGAAUUCCUCCACAGGUGUCUGGUGCCACAACUACCUUUGCCAUGGCAUUUUCAGCAUCAAUGGCUGUUGUAGAGUAUUACCUACUAAACCGCUUUCCAGUUCCUUAUGGUCUCUACUUUGUUGCUGUGGCCGUAAUUUCUGCCUUGAUAGGGCAAUGUGUGGUAAGAAAGCUGAUCAGUAUAUUAGGCAGAGCAUCUCUAAUCAUCUUCAUUUUAUCCUUCACGAUCUUUGUCAGUGCGAUAUCACUAGGUGGAGUUGGCAUUGCAGACAUGAUUGAGCAGAUUAAGAACAAGGAAUACAUGGGAUUUGAGAACCUUUGCUCGUCCUAAAGCUUAGUUCCUAAAAGCGUCUUAACAAACCAUAAUAGCUGAAAUUCCCAGAACUGCUUGCGAGGUCUGCUUCCAAAUACGCUCCUUUCUUUGGUCUAACUUCAGCUAGUUAUAUUCCUGUGUCUUCAUAGACGAUUACAAGGACAAAUAAUGGAUAGAGGAAUCCAGGUUAUUUUCAAUGUCAAUUACAAUGUUGAAGUUGUUGCAGACUAGCAUGCCAUCAAACCUGCUGUGUGCUGCUGUCCAUUUGAAUCAAUUUUUGUUAUUGGAAAUUAAUAUGUUUGUAUUUCAAUUUGUAGCAGUUUGUUUAGAGAGUUAUGUUUGUAUUUAGUAACUGUUGAGGUAGUUUUAUAUCUGCUCUCAUUUGUAUCUUUUAGAAUUUUAAGUUGAGGAAUGAAAAACGUAUUGCUUC